UGAUAAAGAUUUCGUCAAUCGCAUUCAAAUAUCACAACUUGUAACUGACGACCCUUACGCAGAUGACUUUUAUUAUCAAGUAUAUACUGCUAUACGAUCCCGCCAACCACAACAGCAACCUUCAAUAUCCACUUUUUCACCGCAACUCGGUGGGUCUAAUUUCGUGGGACACGAACGAGGACGUCAUCGAAGUAGAGGAUCCGAAAGUGGACUAUUGAAGAUGCAACAACAAGUGUUAAGAAUUGUUAAUGAUGCAAGAAGGAAACCAAAAUUAACACAACUAUCACUAGAGGGUGCUCUAGGUAAAAUUGCUCUUAAUUCUGUACGUAAUCCUAGACAAUUAUUACAAGUUUCAUCCAAGAGCAAUGACAUUCAUCAUGCGGGUCCUAGCAAUGGUAGUGGUGGUAUUCAUAAUCAGCAUCAAAAAAUUCCGUCAAUUUCAUCACAUGGCGUUAUAGAUCAUCGAAAAAUUUUGAGGUCUAUCGAAAACGUAUAUACAGCAGUAUUGGCAUUAGAAGAAUUGAGACGAAAUCAGCCACCGCUGCCGAGACCAUACGCUGAUCAUGAGAGAGUGGCCGUUGAAAGAUGGAAUGAAGAUUAUGUUGAACUCGCAAAGACGAUGUGGGAAGAACUAAGAGUAACAGAUAUGAUUGGCAGCAUACUUUCUGUAGCGAAAGGAAAAAAAGUUAUUCCACGGGUCAUACGUCAUUGCCUUCCCGAACAAAUAUUUAAUUUAAUCACAAUAUUAGUAUCCAAUUUUGAAACAUUAGAUGUAUGCAAAGGUGCAAUUUGGGGGCCUCAAGGAAAUGUUAGUCCAACAAUGUUAGAAGAAGUUGAACUGUUUAUGAACACUGUUGUCCCACCUUUGCUACAAUUUGUUGCUGAAUCCCCAUUAAGGAUUGUGAUUGGAUUAUUUGGAUUAUUUAUCGAAAGGAAUAAUAUC